AUGUAAUCAGAACUUGAGAUUUAGGCAGUGAUAGGAUUCACAGGUAUAUAAAAUUGAUAUAUUAUAAGGGAAAAUAAUUCAAGGGUUAGUUUUACAUCCAGAUAAUGAGGUAUGAUAUAAUUAAUAGUUCAAAGCAUAUUCUUUAUCCAUUAGGUUCUACUAUAGUAGUUAGACAUAUAAUUACAAGACAAUAAACAUUUUUAAGGUAUGGAAAUGUGAUAUAUUAAAUUAGAGGACAUGAUAAUUAGAUCUCUGUAAUAACAGUUUCCAGAAGUGGAGAUUAUGUUGCAUCUGGAUAGAAAACAUAUAUGGGGUUUUAAGCUGAUAUAAUAAUUUGGGAUUUCAAGGAUAGAAGCAUGAUUCAUAGAUUGAAAUUACAUAAGGUGUUGAUUCAGUCUCUCAGUUUUUCAUUCAAUGAAUUAUAUUUGGCAUCAUUAGGAGGAAUUGAUGAUAAAAAUAUGUUAAUUAUUUGGGAUAUUAAGGCAGGGAAGGCUUUAUAUGGAACUCCAAAUAGAGAUCCUGUUAAUUAAGUCUAGUUUUACAAUUAAUCAGAUGAAAAGAUGAUUGCAGUUUUAAAUACUGGAGUUUAGAUUUUAACAAUAGACAAAUAAAAUAAAAAGGUAUGA